GAGCGUCCGACCGACACUACCAGCUCCGACUACGAGUUCAGCACGAUCCGCUCCCGGCAGAGGCGCCUCGAAGACGCCACGGCCUCGUCGUUUGAGUAUUAUGACCCGGGCCCGCGCCGGCGACGGUCGAGUCCGGACGAGGGUGCGUCGGCCCCGGAGGCGGCGGCGCGGCUGACGGCGCGCUCCGUGACCCCUCCCUCCCCGGCGCCGGGGUCGGUCCCGGGGCCGGACUGUGAUGAGGCCGACCACUCUGACCUGCUGCACCUACUGCGGCAUACCACAGACAACGUGAUCAGGAGCUCGCGGGAGACGCGCACCCGGCGCACGCCCGUACCGCCCUCCACCAGCAGUGACGCGGCAGCGGCCGAGACCCGGCACCGUCCCCGCAGUCGAACCACCAGAGGAGGCCAGAGACACUGCCGGUCGACCAGCGGAGAGGCCAGUCGCCGUCUGGGGUCCCUGGUCGGAGAGCAUCGUCAGAAGCAUGUCCAACAGCUGCAGCAUGAGAUCACCAAGCUGGGCCGCCUCGAGAGGAUGCUGCUUGGGGGCACCACUGUGGAGCUGGACGACUGUAGCUGGAGCGAGGACGGCUCCGCGGCGGGCGCGAGGGCCGGCCGGCGCCGCGGAGUCGAGGGCCGCAGCUCCCCAUCAGACGACUCGGACGAUCCGCCAGAGCCCAGCUCGGCCUACGCCCGGAUCCGGGAGACUCUGCAGCGGCGCCGCCGCCAGAUCGAGGCGCAGCUGAAUGACAUGGACCGCCGCCACCAGCAGUACAGCCGCCGGCUGGAGCGGUUCUCUGACCUGCCCGAGGAGGCGGGCGCGGCGACGGCCUCUGACUCGGAGAGCGGCCCGGUCAGCCGGCGCGCAGACACCCGCUCCAGCGGCCAGCGGCGAGUGGCCAGUACAGUGACGGAGAGCCGGCGGCGUGCCGUCAGCAGCCAGGAAACCACCACUCAGACCACCACCCAGACCAGCAGUCGAACCAGCAGCCGGCGGCGCAGCGAUCGCGCCAGUCAGUGCGAGCUGAGCCCGACCGGCGGCAGCGUCCAGGUGGUCACCCGGCGGAGUCGCGUGCUGGGCUCGGACGUCAGCACGCAGACGACCUCCGGCGGGCCGACUGACGCCGUUCAGGUGUUCACCCGCCGCACCCGGGUCUCGGCUCCGUCCGACUCGGCCACUCAGACCACCUCGACGGCGCCGCGGCGCACGGUGACGGUCACUCGUCGACAGGUGCCCGGGUCGCCGCGCCGAGCCCACCGUGCCGUCCAGACCAGCCGCUCGCCCGAGAGGACGGUGACGGUGACACGGCGGCGCGCGGCGCCGGAGCAGGAGCAGGAGCGGCGUCCGCGGAGCGCCGCCGUCCAGACGGUCACUCGCCGGAGGAAGGUACCGUCCCGGCGGCCGGAGUCUGCCGCGCCCGAGCCCUGCUCCAGCCGGCGGGAGGUGGUGGUGCGGCGGAGACCCGUGGCCGACGGCGGCUCGGCAGACACGGAGACCAUCUCUACUGCGGCUGAUACCACGGCCGACACCACGCCGACCACGGCGCGCUCGUCGGCCACCUACGGCGAGGGUAUGCGGGACGCUCUGGAGCCGUCAGAGCGAGCCGGCGACCUGGAGCGCGCCGAGCAGCUGCUGGGGACGCCCGACGACGCCAGCGGCGAACAAGCCGUCACAGUCUCGGAGGGCUCCAGCGGUGACAGCGCCAGCAGCGGCGGCGGCGCGGCGCGCUCGCCGGACGCCGACCGCGCCCAGUGCCUGCUCCGCGAGGGUCUGCGGGUGGACGAGCUGGACCGGGCGCUGUGGCGGGCCGACUUCUGCCAGGAGCCGCCCGAGUGUCCGGCGUCGCCGCGCCGCCGCUGGGCCGGCAGCAGCGAGGAGUCGCGCUCCGUCGGCACCCAGACGGGCCUGCUGGCCGCGCGCGCCGCCGGACCGGACACCUUCCGCUGCGAGACGGUGCGACGGGAGGUGCACUCGGAGGACUCGGAGAUCAUCCACCACCCGCCGCGGCCGCCGACCGCGCGCCGCUCGGUGGCCUAUUUUCUGUCUGUGCGCCGCGGCCCGCUGCGUCUGCCGCCGGCCGAGGAGCCGGGCUGCCGGCGGGUGCUGCCGGCCGUGCGGCUCAGCCAGGAGCUGCUCCGCCAACAGGGCCUGGCCGGCAGCGGGACCGACUCGGCCACCGGCACAGAGUGUGUCCGAGAGGAGGACGCCAUGUGCUCGGAGGACGGCCGGCGCGUGUCGGUCACCCAGCGGCGGCCGGCCGGCCCCGUCAGCGCCGCCGAGUGUCUCACCCUGCAGGAGGCGCUGUGUCGCCGGCGUCCCGACUACAUCAGAAACGCCUCCGUGCGGCGCCAGUACCUGCAGCGCCUGGCUGAGCUGCGCCGGUGCAACCUGGAGCGGGCGGCGCGUGCGGCACAGACACUGCCCCAGGUGCCCACAGACGCCGACUGGUGCCACUUCGCCGACGCCCUCCGACCAGAGAGCGUACGUCGUGCGUUCGACUACCGGGACAUGCGGCAGCACACGGAGCGCCUGUGGCGCCGGCUGCCAGAGAUCCGCGACUGUGUGGCCAAGAGGAAGAAACACGCGCAGUUCCGCACCAACCGACUCAUGUGGCAGGUCUACAGACAGAAACUGCAGGAGCGCUGUCUGCGCGGCGACGUUCACCUGACGCACCGAGACGCCGUGCUGAGCGGCGUGUGACGUCAUCCGCACGCGCACCGAGACAGACGUCAUCGGUCACCGCUCCAUCGAUAGUCGAUGCUCGCUCCCAGAGUGACGUCACACCUCUCACGGGUCACGCUGCGAGUGCCGCCCGUUCCCAGCCGAUGCUAUUAGCGGCUGCCUGCCGCGUGCAAACACUAAUCACUGUGCGGCAUAUGUUUUCUACAAACAGCACCCACUGCCAACCACUCUCAUACCACUGGAAGUCAUUCCAUAAACCAGUGGAGCUCCGAUUCAAGUACAACUUCGAUUCCACUUCAUAGUUUGCAUGUGUGUAAAAAUGUAUCGCGAAUGUGUUUUCUGCAUGAACGAAACUUCGACCAGCUUGUUAGCCACGAUAUCGCGUUUGGCGAGUGUGCGGGGGCGUUAUGGGCUGGAUGGGACGAUCCGACCCCCGAGUCGGGGACGGGGAGGGGGCUGUCAUCCUGACCUGGUGCUGAUUCACGGCCAGGGGUCGAUGAAAUUCAUAGUGGCUGGCCGUCCGGCCGGCCAUAACGCGGGCUGUAAACUGGCGGCAGCCCUGGCCGACCCGGCGACCUCAGCCCUGCAGGGGCGUCCGGGGUCGGCGGCUGGACCACCGUCAGCCACCGGGCGGGGCAGGGCGGCCAGCCACACGCCGAGCGGAGUCCGGGCGGCGGCUGGACCACCGUCAGCCCCCGGGCGGGGCAGGGCGGCCAGCCACACGCCGAGCGGAGACCGGCCGGGCAGACGGGCUCACUGCGUGAGCUUGGUCCACACCGGCUCCUCACAGACCUUUUGUGGUGAGAUUCUUAGUCUCGUGUUGCGCGUGCUCAUGUUGAUUCAUUUUAAGUGUUCUCAUUUAGCGUUGACUGAAUACACGUCUUUUUACCGACUGCCGA